AUGAAAACAGAAAACUAAUAAGAAAAUUAGGUUUUGACAAAUGGGAAUGGAGCCAAUAGUUAGCCUAAAGAAGAACCAAUGGUUCCAUAUUUUGAGCUUCUCAGGUAUGCGAGUCCAAAAGACAAACUAUUGAUGAUCAUAGGUGGGAUUGCAGCUUUUCUCAAUGGAGCUUCAUUUCCAAGUUUUUCAAUCAUUUUUGGAGAUAUGACUGAUUCUUUUUCGUAAACAGGCGACGAAAUGGUUCGAUAAGCAGGGUUAAAUGCAAUUUAUUUCAUUAUUGUUGCUGCUGGGACAAUGCUGAUGUCCUUUAUAAUGUUUGCAACAUGGAUGAUAACUGGUGAAAAUCAGAGUAUAGAAUUUAGAAAAAGAUAUUUUGCUGCAAUUUUAAAAUAAGAGAUUGGCUGGUUUGAUACAAUUAAUCCAAAUGAAUUGAAUAGCAAAGUGGCAAAUGAGACCUUUGCCGUAUAGGGAGCCAUAGGAGAGAAAGUUCCCACAUUUAUUAUGACUUUUUCUAUGUCAUUCUUUGGAUUUUUAAUUGGUUACAUUUAUGGUUGGUAAUUAGCCUUAGUUGUAACAGCCACUCUACCAGCAAUUUCAAUAGCCACAGCCAUAUUUGCUAUUAUUAUCCAAACUUCUGAGAAUGCAACCCAAAAGUCAUAUUCUGAUGCUGGAGCAUUAGCAGAAUAAGCAAUCAAUGCAAUUAAGACAGUGAAGAUGUUGGAUGGUGAGGACUUCGAAGUUGAGAAAUACAAAAAGCAUCUACUUUAAGCAACUGCAACAACAAUCAGCUAUCAAUUUGGUGUUGGUUUAGCUUUUGGAUUUUUAUGGGCAGCCAUGCUUUGGGCUUAUGCACUUGGUUUCUGGUAUGGAGCUAAAUUAAUAUCUGAUUAAACUCUUAAUCACAACAUGGGAGAAGUUUAUACAGUAGGAGAUGUGAUGAUUAUCUUUUUUGCCAUUUUGACUGGUGGAUUCUCAUUAGGAUAGGCAGGUCCUUGUGUAUAGAAUUUUGCUAAAGGUAGACAGGCAGCAGUUAAAAUGUUCGCUGUUUUAGAUAGACAUCCAAGAAUUGUCAACCCUGUUAACCCAAAAAAGUUAACAUCUUUUAAUGGAACAAUUUUAUUGAAAAAUAUUUAAUUUUGCUAUCCAAACAGACCAGACUAAAAAAUAUUGAAAGGAUUGACCUUAAAUAUCCCAGCUGGUAAGAAGGUAGCUUUGGUAGGAGAGAGUGGUUGUGGUAAAUCUACUGUGAUGUAAUUGAUUGAAAGAUUCUAUGAUUGUGAAGAAGGAGAGGUGUUAUUUGGCGGAACUGAUGGAAUCAAUGUGAAAGACUUAGAUCUGGUUGAUUUGAGAAGUAGAAUUGGUCUUGUCGGAUAAGAGCCAGUGUUAUUUGCUACCAGCAUCAAAGAGAACUUAUUGUAUGGUAAAACUGAUGCAACUGAAUCUGAGAUGAUUGAUGCAUUGAAGAAGGCUAAUGCUUGGGACUUUGUAUCAAAAAUGGAUAAGGGAUUGGAGACUUAUGUUGGAAUUGGAGGAGGUCAAUUGAGUGGUGGAUAGAAGUAGAGAAUUGCAAUUGCCAGAGCCAUCUUGAAGAAACCAUAGAUAUUGUUACUUGAUGAAGCUACCAGUGCUUUGGACAGAACCAAUGAAAGAUUGAUUUAAGAAACUUUGGAUGAAGUGUCAAAGGGUAUUACUACCAUUGUCAUUGCUCACAGAUUAAGCACAAUCUAAAAUGCUGACUUAAUCUAUGUGGUUGAUAAAGGUGUAGUCAUUGAAAUGGGAUCUCAUUAAGAGUUAAUGAACUUGCAUGGAAAAUAUGAGAUUUUGGCUAAGAAUUAAAUCCAAGCUUAGAAGCAUGAAGAUGAAUCCAGUUCUUCAAUUUCUAGUCCUUCAGAAAAGAAUAUCUAAGAUUAAAAAGCUAGUUCUUAAAGAUCCGUCUAAAUAAAGAUGAAUAUGAUUGAUCAACAAAACAUAGUUGUUGCUGUUAAAUAGGAGAUUGAUAGAUUUUAGGACUUGGGAGUACCUGAACUAGUAAAGAAGGUUUCUGGAUAAGGUCAUCAUCAUCAUCAUCACCAUCAUCAUAAGAAAAUUGAUACUGACAUAGAAGCCUAACCAUUACCUAAGACUGAAGAAGUAGAAAAGAAAAAAGAAGUAGAUGCACAAAUGGGUAGAUUGUUCACUUACAAUUCUGAUGAGAAGGCACAAUUUUUUAUUGGUAUCAUAGCAGCCUUAGCAAAUGGAUGCACUUUCCCAGUUUUCUCUUUAUUCUUAGCAGAAAUGAUCACUGUUUUAGUUGAAUCUAACCCAUCAUUUGCUGAUUAAAAAUGCUCAACGACUUACGAUAAUCCAACACCAGAAAUGUGCUAACUUUUCAAAGAUGAUUUAAAGGAUGAAGUAAGAACCAAAGCAGAUAGACUUGCCCUUUGGUUCUUCUUAAUUGGAGUGGCUGCUUAAAUAUUGUGGACAUUCCAAAUGUACUUCUUGGCUUAUGUGGGAGAGAAACUCACCUGCAAAUUAAGAUUAGACACUUAUAGAAAAUUGUUAAGAAUGCCCAUUGCUUAUUUUGACAUCCCAAAAAAUAAUGCAGGUACUUUGACAAGCAGAUUGUCAGUCGAUUGUAAAUUGAUUAAUGGACUCACUUCAUCAAUUUUGGGUAUCAAUAUAGCUAAUGUUGGUGCCUUGAUUUGUGGAAUAGUUAUCUCAUUUAUUGCCAGUUGGUAAAUGACUUUGAUUAUGCUUGGAUUGGCUCCUAUGUCAUAUAUCGGAGGAAUAUUGCAAACUCAAUUUUUGUAAGGGUUCUCAGAUCUCACUGAUGAAGCAUAUAAAGAUUCAGGUAAUUUGAUUAUGGAGGCUGUCACCAAUGUUAGAACUGUUGUAUCUUUUGGAAAUGAGGAAAUUAUUCUUGGAAUUUAUUCAAAAAAGGUCUAACUUCCAUUGAUGAAGGCUAAACAAAGAGGAGUCUAUGCUGGUUUGGCUUUUGGAUUUUCUUAAAUGCAAAUGUUCAUCAUAAAUGCUAUAGUCUUUUAUGUUGGAGCCAUUCUUUGCAGAGAUGGAGUCCUCACAAUUGAAGACAUGUUCAAAUCCAUUCUUGCCAUCACUUUCGCCACUAUGAGUGCAGGGAAUAACGCUGCCUUUGCAGGUGAUAUUGGAGCAGCUAAGAAUGCAAGCAAGAACAUUUUUGAAAUUCUUGACAGUGAAGAUGAAUUCUAGAGAGAACAAAGAUUGAAAAAGUAGAAACUCACUGUACCAGUUUAAGGAGAUAUCCAUUUUAACAAUCUUACAUUCAAGUAUUUUGGAAGAGAAAAGAAUGUUUUUGAGAAUUUGAGUUUGACUGUUAAACAAGGAUAGAAGGUAGCCUUUGUUGGUCCUUCUGGUUGUGGCAAGUCUACUUUGAUGUAAAUGUUGAUGAGAUUUUAUGAACCUGAUCAAGGUGUUAUCACUAUCAAUGGCAUCGACAUAACAGAUUAUGAUAUCAGAUAUAUUAGGAGACAAUUUGGAAUUGUUUCACAAGAACCAGUGUUAUUCAAUGGUACCAUAAAAGAGAACAUCCAAUAUAAUCUACAAGCGAUUACUAUGGAGUAAAUAGAAAACGCAUCCAAGAAAGCCAAUGCUUAUGAUUUCGUUACUAAAAAUUAAUUUGAAGAAACCUAAGCAGAACAAAAAGGAACUGAACAACAGAGGGGAACAGGAUUCGAUAGAUAAGUAGGACCAAAAGGAGCCUAAAUUUCAGGUGGUCAAAAAUAAAGAAUUGCCAUUGCCAGAGCCAUCCUUAGAGAUUCAAAUCUCUUAUUACUUGAUGAAGCCACAAGUGCUCUAGAUGCUGCAAGUGAAUAAUUAGUGCAAGACAGUCUAAAUAAACUGAUGGAAGGAAAGACCACUGUUGCCAUUGCUCAUAGAAUCUCAACAAUCAAAGACUCUGAUGCCAUCUAUGUCUUCGAAGACGGUAAAAUCGUUGAAGAAGGAAAUUACUAAAAAUUGGUUGGCCUUAAAGGCGCUUUCUAUAGACUUGAAUAAGGAAUUGCUAAAUGAUUUUGUGUUAUAUAUUGCUUUAUAUUUUUAAAUUUUAAUUUAAAA